CGUCCCUCGCGGAGGUGCUGCAGCGCGACUUCUGGGUAGAGACAAAGAAACAUCCGUGCGCUUUCCGAUGUUUGCUUGGGGCGAAGACGCGCAGAAGCAGCUCGGCUCCGGUGGGAGUGCCCCACACUCUUCGCCGCUGCCGGCCGCGGUGUGCGAGGACGCGCUGCAGGCCGCUGUCGUGCAAGUUGCGUCUGGCGACGGCCAUUCGGUCGCCUGCGACGCUCUCGGUGGCGUCUACUGCUGGGGCCGAAAUCGCGAAGGCCAGUGUGGCGAGCUUGGCACGGCGCGAGUCUCGCAGCCGAUGCUGGUGGAGGGACUCCAGCACGAGGCCAUCGUCGCCGUCGCAUGCGGCUCCGACUCGAGCUUCGCCGUCAGUGCAGGAGGCUCCGUCUUUCGCUGGGGCGCGACGCACCGGCCUUCGUCCGGCCUCGCCGACGCAAACGUCGCAGGCUAUGGCCGCUCGGUGGACGAGCUGAGCGAUCGCGAGCGCGCGAUGCUCAAGGAGAGCCUGUUGAGCUUCCUGUACUCUGGCGACUCUGGCGAGCCGACGGAUCAUUCAGCGGCGGAGGUGGGCACUCGGCGGGAGAUCGUCGCCUCGCCCGAGCGCGUGGAGCUUCCCGCGGGAGCGCGCGCCUGCGCCGUUGCCGCGGGGUUCGGGUUUGGCGUCAUCGCGCUGCAGAGCGGAGGCGCCCUUGCGUUUGGGCUCAAUGACCGCUUCCAGUGCGGCACCGGCGACCGCGCGACAAAGGGCAUACCCACGCGGGUCGCAGGGCUCGACGCGACGCGGCUGAGGUCGGUCGCGUGCGGCCAACAGCACUGCUUCGCGUCGGACGAGGCGGGCGGCGCCUGGAGCUGGGGCUUGGGAAGCUUUGGCCAGCUCGGCCACGGAGGCCGCUCCGACGAGCGGAGGCCGCGCGUGGUUGAGGCGCUGCGCGCCAAGGGUGCCGUCUUCGCUGUUGCUUGUGGGCAGCAGCAUUCGGUCGCUCUGCUCCGGCCGGGCGGUAGUGGCGGCGGCGGCGGCGGCGGCGGCAGCGGAGGCCGAGGCGACGGAGGCGACGGCGGCAGCGGCGGCGGCAGCGGAGGCGACGGAGGCGACGGCGGCGGCGGGGGCGGGGGCGGGGGGGAAGGAGCAUCUCUCUGGGGGUGCGGCCACGCCGAGUACGGCCAGCUCGGCACGGGCGACGCGGCGAACGUGGGCGAUGCCGAGCGCGACUACCCCGAGCCGCGGCAGAUCCCGCUGCCGGCCGACGGCGAGCCGUGCGGCGUGAGCGCCGGCGCUCUGCACACGGCGGUGCUCACCGAGCGCGGCGAGGUGCUGACUUUUGGCUGGGGAGCCGCCGGUGCGCUCGGGCACGGCGGCUUUGGGUACGAGCUCGAGCCGCGCGCCGUGGAGGCCCUCCGGUCGAUCCGUGCGACGAGCAUUUCCGCCGGGGCGCGGCACACCGUCGCCGUACAGGCGGCGGCCAGCACCGGCGGCCCCUCCCUCGCGCGAGACUUUGGGAGGCUGCUGCGUGCGGGCACAGGCGCGGAUGUCGCCGUCGUGGCGGGCAAGGGGCCCGGCCGCCGCCGUUUCCUACUCCACCGCGCCGUCCUCGCGUGCCGCUGCCCGCGCCUGCUGGCGAUGGCGGCGCUCUCCUCGCGCUUCUGCCGCGGCGCCCCCGCCGCGGAGGAGCCCCGCGAGUGGGAGUGGCACCGGCCGGAGGGGCGGUGCUACGAGGGAGGGUGGCCCCCACCCGACUGCCUCCCCGCACUGGGCCUGCCCGAGUGCCGCGCGCCCAUCUUUGCCCUGCUGGCGACGUGGCUCUACACGGGCCGGCUCCUCUGCAGCGAGAGACUCUUCCUCGGGCAGCUGGCCGACGCCGCCGCCUCCCUCCGCCUCCGUGCGCUGGUCGCCGAGUGCCGCAGGCUGAUCGGCUCGACCCUCUGGCCGGGCGACGCGGCCUCGCCGCACGACGACCUCGGCGCCUCGUUUGCGCGGCUGCUCCUCGAAGCAAGCAGCGGCCCGGCGGACGACGUGUGCUUGCGGGCGGUGGACGGCGAGGUCGGCGCCAGCCGCGCGCUCCUCUGCGCGCGGAGCGAGUUCUUCCGCUCCGCGCUGCAGGGAGGGUUCCACCAGCUGCCCACCAUCGACUUGCAGUGGACCGGCGUUGGUCGGCACGAGCUGCGCCAGCUGCUCAGCUUCGUCUACUCGGGCCGCGUUGUGGCCAGCGGUUCCGAGGGGCGAGGUGAUUUGGCGCUGCUGUCACCCGAAGCAGCGCUCUCCCUGUUGCCGCUCGCCGCCGCUCUGCUCCUCGACGGCCUCCAGCGCUUGAGCGAGGCGGUCCUUUCGGCGGUCGUCGACGAGGAGAAUGCGAGCGCGCUCCUCGAGGUGGCGGACCAGUGCUAUGCGAGCCGGCUCAAGGCCACGUGCUCCGAGGCGCUCCGUUCCUGAGGCUCCGCUGGCGUCCGUAGGGCUGGCAUAUGUCUACUAACAUACGCGGAUAAAACGUAAA